AUGUUUAUUAUUUCCAUUUUCGCUUCCCUAUCCACGUGGCCUAUUGGUAAAUGAGUAAAUAUAGUAUUGUAUAGAGGUGGAAGAGAAGUAAAUUCACUCUCUUGUGCACCAGUGAGGUAUUUUUCCAGGAGAGAGAGACACACCCGAAAGCGCCGAUUUAUGAGCAGGUUGUUUGCCUGCCCUGCAGUCCCAGUCCGCUAUCCAAACGGGAUACUCUCCUCGUCGUGGUUCAGCGGCUCACGGGUUUACAGAGAGACGGAUAUCAAAUAGGACUGCCUCAACGGAACAGUAAAUAACAGUCGGUAAAGUAUUUUGGCGGAGGGGGACCAGACGCUUAGGACAACAUAAGUAGCAAGACAACGCACAGCCCGGUGCAAAACUGAUGACCCAUAAGACAUGGAGGUUCUGUUGAAGUCGGUUGAGACUGUGCCAGUCACCGAGCCUGAGAUGUGGUGGGGAACGUUGGGCACUAUGCGGCCCUUCCCAAAUUUCAAACCUGAGAAGGAUGUUCGGGAGAUCCAGGUGGCCCUGGAGAAGAAAGAUGUUAAUACUCUGGUGAGGAUCUUGACCAACCGCACCAAUGCACAGAGACAAGACAUCUCCCAGGCCUUCCGUACCCUCAAACAGCAGGACCUGAGUCAAGCUCUGAAGAAACUGCUGUCUGGGGCACUGGUGGACCUUCUGCUGGGCCUCUUGAUGACCCCCGCACAAUUUGACGCUCAUCGCCUCCGGCAAGCCAUGCACGGUUUGGGAACAGACGAGGAGACUCUGCUGGAGGUCCUGUGCACCAGAUCAGCACAGCAGCUCAAAGAUAUCACUAUAGCCUACAAGCAAGAGUUUAAACGGUAUCUGGAGAAUGACCUGAUCAGUGAGAGCAGCAAGGUCUUUACCAACCUGAUCCUCUCCAUACUCAAGAAGGAGCAGGAGAACAUGCAGGGGGUUAUCGAAUACCAGCUCAUUGAUCGAGACGUCAGGACUCUGACUGAAGCCCUCAGUGGUAAGAAGGCGGACCCUAUCCCCUGGAUCAGGGUACUCACGACAAGGGAUUAUGACCAUCUUGACAGAGUCUUGUUCAGGUGGGAGUGUAUUCAGGGUGAGACUGUGGACAAAGCACUGCAGAAGCACUUUUCUGGGGACCUCAGACUGGGGUUGCGAGUAUUGGUUCGUACUAUCCAGAACACCCCUCUAUACCUGGCCCAGCGGCUGCAGGCCUGCAUGAAGAAAAACAAUGUGCUGUUUGGUAUCCUGGUCUCUCGCAGUGAGGAGGAUCUUCUCAGCGUGAGAGUGGAAUAUCGCAGAUUGACCAAUACCUCCCUCUACUCAGCUCUACAGAAAGAAUUUAAGGGGGAUCUUCAGCUGGCCCUAUUAGCCUUGUGCCGGGCCGAAGACGUGUAGCCAAACAGAGGGGCAGAGAGAAAAAGAACAAACAGUCGUCAAAUAUAUACUCUCUAUAUGAUUACCUACAUACUGAAGCACACCACAGCUUUUAUUCACACACAGAACCCGCCUACAUCCUGUAAUCACAGACAUGGUCUGUUUUUGAUCUGCCAGCGUUAAUGUUCAUCGCCACCCUAGCUAUCCAGGUAGGAUUUGAUGUACAGAUGAAAUGGCUGGUUUUGUGCACGGCACAAUUCAGUCAUAGCAUUAAGUGGCCGAGUUUCAUUGUUCAUCUUAAUGGAAAAGCCAGAACUUACUCUCUGAAUAUUUAGCUUCUCUCUAGCCCCGACUCCUGUGCGCCACUAGUUUUAAAAGAUCUUCUGAACUCCAGCAGCUGAAUGGCUUAAAGAUUUUCACAUUAAUUCGAUUUCCAUUAUAGCCAAAGAGCGCGAAUGCGCAUGUCGGAAAACUUCCGGACUGCGUGCAGACAUGGCUCCCUCCCGCCUCAGAGCAAGUGCGAGGGAUUUCGGGAGGGCAACUGUGCGGGAUUCUUCACGUUUAGGCUCCGCCUCUCUCUGAUCUCACAAAUCCCAAGACAAUGUCAGCCAAGAGACAAUUAUUAAUAUCCCCGUGCAUAGCUGCCAUUUCUCCCGACCCAUCAAUCUUCAGCUGCAGACUGGGAGUAGAGUUUCCCUCCUGUUUGGGGGGGGCGGCAGGCAGGGGGGUUGAGUUAUAUAAAGGUUCACAUAUCCAGAUGAGGCCAUCCUCUCUGGCCAUUGUAUGAGUCAGGUAGAAAUGUAUGUAGAGACUGUCUUUGUUCAUAGGGGGCAAUGAGCAUUUUUUACUAUUGUCUCCAAUUUCCAGAGAGUUUCCUGAGAUGUUUACAUUGAUUUGUGUUUCUCACAUAAUGGACUGUGAUUUAGUUUGAUUAUUGUAUAUUAUUGUGUCUAAAUCAAACACAAUAAAGCAAUUGUUUUUGAUGCA